AUAGCUAACACGAUCAGUUCCAUUUAAAGUAGGAAACUAUUAACAAUAUUUUUACCAAAAGUAAUUUCAAAAUUCUUAACAUUUUAUAUUGCUAAAUAAGAGAUAAGCUGAAAAAAUGGAACCCUUGGCCGUUGCCGUGGCCGGUUUAUUCCAAAUACUGGGCUUUGCGAUAUUUUUUGCCCAGCCGCUUGAUCGCUGCUCACCGGCUCCCACCUUUGCCAGCUGUUUUUUGGCGGCCACGUUGCUCUUCCUGUGGGACACCGAUGUAUAUCCUUGCCGCUUCAGUCACAUGCCACACGGUUGGCAAGUUCUGAUCGAGAUCGUGGCCGCCAUCUUCUUGGUCGAGCUGGCCGCGAUUAUUAUAUGGUGUGGACUGGAGCGGUUCCUCUACUCUCUGCUGGAAGAGAUCUUCAAUGUGACGGAUUCCCAGCGAUGUGUUCCCUUUGCGCUGAUUUCGUGGCUGAAAAGAUUGGUCAGUGGUUCUCCGUAUUGCAAGCCCUCAAUGCAAUUUUAUUUGCUGUCCGGUGUGAUCACGAGCAUUGCGAGCUUGGCGGCACUGUGGUAUGUCCUGGCAGCCACCGAGUUAAUGGACUAUGUGAAGUGCUUCUUCCAAAAUAUUCGUUGGAAUAUCCGCCUAACCUGGCGAAUGUUACGUUGCUACAUGGGUAUGAAUAUGGCGGGGAGACGUCGAACUUUGCAGGUUUGCCAGAUGGCUGCCAAUCAAAAUCGCUGUGGCAGAAGGACGAACUCACGUCGAAACUGCCGCAGGAAGGAGGAGGAAGAGGAUGAUGAAUGUGAUACCGAUUGAAUCCUUUGCAUGUCCUGUGGUUUCUUUCGCAUUAUGUCUUCUUCAAAGACACGUUUAUGCGGUCAGGGGUUUAACUAUAUUUUUAAAGCUAUUUUUCUCUUUGGAUAAUCUGUGGCAAUAAAAUUUUAUGGCGGCAGAGACUA